AUACAGGUACCUUUCGGCUGUAUGCUGAUGAAUUCGCCACCGCAAGAGCCGAUUACUACAACUCUCCGUCUAUCUCAACUCCGCAGACAUACAGGGAGAAGAGCUGCAGGUGCCGUACUUAGCUGCCCUCCUGACCAUGACGAACAAUGCCCCGCGUAUUGAUGUUAUUGCACCGAGGGACUCGGAGAGACUCCGCGAUGACGAUCCUACCAGGCUAUUUUCUGCUGUUAUUUCUCCAUGAGUUCUUCCAAGUCAAAUAAUAAAUCUCUUGUAUAUUUUUGAACAGUCAAGUACCUUAAACGUUGCUCAACCAGCCAUAGUCAAGGAUGUCACCGAUCCCAAAGUUCUCAGAACUACCCCUACGAAAGGGGGACCCUUUUUGGUCCGCAUGGGGACUAUACGGCUCCAACGAUCAGCUUGGCACACUCAACCGUCUGACUGACGAAGUAGUCCGGGAAGCCUCCAAGGAAAUUCAGACCGGGACAAGGGUCUCAAUGAACUGGCCUCUGGAUGCCCAAAGUGAGGUUCCAUUCUUCGGCCGUCAGGCAUUCCACAAGGACGUCUAUCAAAAGGGGACAAGAAUUGUCAAUGAUGAUACAUGGUCAUUUAAUACGCAAAGCAGCAGCCAAUGGGAUGGACUCCGCCACUUUGGAUACCAGAAGGAGGAGAAGUUCUACAACGGCGUGACGAUGGAUGACAUCCAUGGAGAGCACAAGAGUGAUGUUCUCGGAAUUCAUGCCUGGGCGGAAAAGGGCAUCGUCGGACGAGGCGUGCUCCUCGACUUCCAUAGCUGGCGAUUGGAGAACAACGUCGAAUACAACCCGUUCGAGCGAGGGAAUAUCACCUUGGAUCAGUUGAAAAAGGUCGCGGAAGCGCAGGGUGUCGAGAUCAAGUUCGGCGAUAUCUUGAUCAUCCGCUCUGGCUACAUGGCUUCGUACAACAAGCUAUCGACGGAUGAGGUAAAGCAGCUCGCGGCUAGGCCCAGCCCACCGACCUUCUCGGGAGUCCAGCAGAGCGAAGAAGUGCUGGAGUGGAUCUGGAAUCACUUCUCAGCCGUGGCAGGCGACCAGCCUUCGUUUGAAUGCUGGCCCACGCAGAAAGAUUACGCAAUGCAUGAAGUGCUCCUAGGCGGCUGGGGAUGUCCGAUUGGGGAAUUGUUCGACCUAGAGGCGCUUGCGGAACAGUGCAAGAAGCUAAAUCGGUAUUCGUUCUUCGUGACGAGCGAGGUUUGCAAUGUCCCGGGGGGAGUCGCAAGUCCGCCGAAUAUCUUAGGUAUCUUCUAAGCUUCGCUCGAUGGUGGUGCCCAGCUGCACGAUGCUCCGACACUGGGGUUUCGGAUUGGGCUCAUUUAAAAUGAUGUAAAUUGAAGAUAGGAUGAAUUGUCAACUUAUGGCCUUGAGGUCGCGCCGUAAUGUGCUCUACAGGAACCAUCUGUGCCCCAGGGCGAUUUAGUUUCAAC